ACAAAAAACAUAAGAGAAAACAAUACAUACCCUUAGUAGCUAAUAGAGAAAAACUGAGCUUUGAUUUCCUUUUGAUCAAUCAUCAAUGGAUUGGUCGUAUGGUUUUGCUUGUAAAGGGAGCAACAAAAAGGUGACGGACGAGGAGUACAACGACUGUGAUGAGAAGGGAAAGCCAACCGAGGAUGGAUAUGGCUAUCCUUACGAAGAUGGAGUGAUGAGCAAGCCAUACCCAGCAGCAGUGGUUGUUGAUGGUGGGCAGAGGAAAAACUCCAUCACACACUACCCAAACGUAGAUGGCUCAGACAGCUACGUUGUGAGGACCGAAAGGGUGGUUAAGGUUGUUCGCCCUGUGAUGACUACUCAUUAUAGUCUCAAGGAGGACCAUCAUAAUCUUGGGAUGGCUAAAAACUUCCUUGACCAGUUUCUCAAGGAAGCAGCCAUGUCUCCCAAGUAUGAUGAGUAUUCUCAGUUUAGUUCUCCCAACUUGGGUACUGUGGCAAAGUUUCCUAGUUGGGAAGACACUGAGCAUCAAGAGUUGGGACAUCCUACCACCGGUUCUAGAGGUAAGUGGUCAAGUCGAGAUGAAUCUCCACCUAGAUUUGUUACACACCCUCAGUGGAACCAUUCUAAUCACUCGGGUGGUAGACAUAAUUGGUCAAGUCGAGAUGACUCUCCGCCUAGAUCCAUGAUGCAUCCUGAGUUGAACCAUACUAACUCAAGUAGUGCUAGACCAAAUUGGCCUAGUCGUGACAACUCUUUCCCUAGACCUUUGGUUCGUCAUCAGUUGAGUCAAUCCAACCCCGGUUCUACACCAAAUUGGGCAAGGCAAUUUGACUCUCCACCUAGAUCACUGGAGUAUUUUGAAGUGGGUCAUUCUAAUUCAAGUGCUAGACCAAAUUGGUCAAGCAGCUAUAAUUCUCCUCCUCGAUCCUCAAGGCGUUUUGUUUCAAAUCAUCCAAACUCAAGCGCUAGAUCAAAUUGGCAAACUCGAGAUGACUCCCCAUCUAGGUUCAUGACACAUCCUGAGUCGAGUUAUUAUUCUAACUCAAGCACAAGACCAAAUUGGCCAAGCCAAUAUGACUCUACACCGAAAUCUAUGUAUUUUGAGUCAAGUCAUCCUAACUCGGGUGUUAGACCAAACUGGUCAAGUAGAGAUGACUCUCCAUCUAGACCUACGGAGUAUCCCUUGUUGAGCAAUCACAAUACUAGUACUAAGCCAAAUAGACCAAGUCAAGUUGAAUCUCCACCUAGAUCCAUGACACAUUUGAACCAUCUAAACUCACCAAGUACAAAGCUUAGUUGGCCAAGUCAAGAGGAUUCUCCUUCUCCCGACAACAUUGAGAAUGGGAGGGACAAGAUAAACACCGGUUUGGUGCUCAACAAGUUUGACGAAUUAAACCUCCAAGACAGUCGAGGAACAAGCCCACUCCCCAAUGAAAGGUCCGGUUCUGAUGUAGUAUCCAAGACAGCAAGCAUGGAUAGUGGUCAAAGGCCUAACUGGCCCAACAGGAAAGGGCAUGUCCAUAAUAGCGGAAUUAGCCCUUACAAAACCAACAAAGACGACCACGAGAAACCCAAAUUCAAUGGAGCACAAAGCAAAAACACCCAUGACGAGGAAAUCCCAGACACCAAUAACAAGAAAAUUGGUUACAAGAUGCCAUAUACUGACUGGCCGGUUGAAGACGAAGACGAAGAUGAUGAUUCCAAGAAGAGUGGCAUAUUAUUAGGAUCAAACGUGAGGCAGAAAGGCAGUAAAACAAAACCAAAUUACAGCAGUGGAUCGUACAAGCAAGCAGCAGUUAGCAGCACAAGAAAUGAUGAUGAGGUGAGUGAUAUGAUGAAGCUGGUGGAGGAAGCUAAAAAGACAGCGACUUAUGACCCAAAUGAGAUCACCCUUAAUAUUAAUCCUCCUCAACAAGUGCACUACAGCACAUAUGCUUUGCCAGCAGCUCCAUGGGGUUAUUAUAAACCAGUGGUACUUGACAGCAAUGAGGCAUCCAGGAAGUAUAAUGGCAUCGCCCGCCAUACAUAAUGCUUACCAAACCAAACUAACCUAAGUUCUUCAUUUCAAACUGACACCAAUAGAUGUGUUUGUGUUUUAGUACCAACAUACUCUCCUAGCUAGCUAGCUUUCCUAUGAUGUAAAUUAAAACUCUUUCGAAAUGUAAUUUGGGUCUGUGUGCCAAUGUCUUUACCUUA